CCUUUACAGGUUUUCCCAACCGGAAACCUGAGGAACCGGAGUUGAAGGUUGUUCUUAUCCUCGAGCUGUCUUUUUUGUUCCUUGUGAAGCAAUACAGGUUGUCAUGCUCGUUAUAUAUCACCCUCCAUGACAUAGUUAGAUACGAAGAAGAAGAAGAAGAAGAAGAGGAGGAAGAAGAAAGCGAGUAUUAUUGUAGCCAUGUCGAGAGCAAAAGAUAUCCAAUCCUUUCCUCUUCAUGGGCUUCUUCUUCCUCUUCUCUUGGUCUUGAUAGCUGGUCUUGUUGGUGCAAUUAAUGGAGAUGAGCAAAAGGAUUUCUACAUUGCUUUCACGCAAGAUAAAUAUCCAACAGACGACGUCGCAGGAAAAAACAUUAAUCUAGAUCUUCUCUCGGCUGUUAAAGGAAGCCUUCUUGAUGCUAAGGAGGCAAUAGUCUACAGCUACAACGCCUUGAAUGCAUUUGCUGCAAACCUAUCUAAAGAUGAAGCCCAAAAGUUAUCGAGCAUGGACAAUGUGGUGCAAGUGAUUCAGAAUCGGUAUCACAAGAUUCAUACUACCAAGUCAUGGGACUUCAUUGGGUUACCUUUAACCGCGACAAGAAACUUGAAAAUUGAGAGGGAUAUAGUUGUGGGUCUAUUAGAUACAGGGAUUACUCCACAGGCUGAAAGCUUUAAGGAUGAUGGGUUUGGUCCUCCACCCGCAAAAUGGAACGGAACUUGUGGCCACUACGCUAAUUUCUCAGGAUGCAACAACAAGGUGAUAGGCGCACGGUACUUCAAGCUCGAUCGCCUAAAGGAUCCGGCGGACAUUUUUUCUCCUGUUGACGCGCAAGGGCACGGGACACACACGUCGUCAACCGCGGUUGGCAACCUCGUUGGAAAUGCAAGCCUCUUUGGGCUUGCCAAUGGCACCGCACGAGGAGCGGUGCCAUCAGCUAGGGUGGCCAUGUACAAGGUCUGCUGGGUCAGCUUUGGGUGCUCGGAUAUGGACAUACUUGCUGCUUUUGAAGCUGCUAUAACUGAUGGUGUGGACGUUAUAUCGAUUUCUAUUGGUGGAGGAUUUAUAAGUUACGACGUUGACUCUAUAUCAAUCGGUGCAUUUCAUGCCAUGAAGAAUGGAAUUCUCACUGUGGCCUCGGCUGCAAAUUCUGGACCAUCAUUGGGUACUGUGGCGAAUCAUGCACCUUGGGUUCUGACCGUGGCAGCUAGUGGCAUGGAUAGGUCGUUUAGGAGCACAGUUCAUUUGGGAAAUGGAAAGACCAUCUCAGGGAUUGGCGUUAGCACAUUCAAUCCAAAGCGGGAAUUAUACCCUCUUGUUAGUGGGGAAGAUGUGGCCCGUAGCCCUGCAGAGAAGGACAAUGCUAGGUUCUGCUUGUCAGGCUCAUUAGACCCUGCGAAGGUGAAGGGAAGGCUUGUUUACUGCAGAUUAGAACAAUGGGGUACUGAUUCUGUUGUCAAGGGAAUUGGCGGUGCUGGGACUAUACUUGAAAGUGAUGAAUUCUUUUUCGACACUCCCCAAAUUUUCAUGGCGCCGGGAACCAUUGUGAAUGGCACCGCCGGUGGAAUCGUACGUGGUUACAUAAAUUCCACAAGAACAUCAUCAGGAGUGAUACAGAAGACCCAAGAAGUAAAAAUAGGGCCCGCUCCAUUUGUCGCUUCAUUUUCAUCUCGCGGGCCAAGUGGCGGAUCACAACGUGUUCUCAAACCCGAUAUUACAGCACCCGGCGUUAAUAUCCUGGCCGCUUACACCCCUUUGAAGUCACUCACCGGGUUGAAAGGUGACACCCAAUUUUCGAAAUUUACCCUCAUGUCCGGGACUUCCAUGGCAUGUCCUCACGUUGCCGGAGCAGCAGCCUAUGUCAAGUCAUUCCACCCAAAUUGGAGUCCAGCUGCAAUUCGAUCUGCCAUCAUCACCACAGCGACUCCCAUGAGCCGGAGGGUGAACCAUGAUGGAGAGUUUGCGUAUGGUGCUGGUCAAGUGAAUCCAACUCGAGCUAGGAACCCUGGCUUGAUUUAUGACAUGGGUGAAAUGCUUUACAUCCAGUUCUUAUGCCACGAGGGGUACAAUGGGUCCACUUUGGCAGUCCUGGUGGGUUCAAAAUCCAUAGACUGUUCAAAGUUUCUCCCUGGAGUUGGCUAUGAUGAUCUCAACUAUCCCAGCAUGCAGCUUGCCUUGAAAAGCAAGCAAAAGACAACAACAGGUGUUUUCCAGAGAACAGUCACCAAUGUCGGCGCUGCUCAAUCCGUCUACACUGCCAUCAUUAGAGCUCCCAAAGGAGUUGAAAUCACUGUCAGGCCGAUGACUCUCUCCUUCACUCGCGCCAUGGAGAAGCUGAGCUUCAGGGUUGUCGUGAGGGCCAAAGCAUUGCCAAGCACGCAAAUGGUUUCAGGAUCGCUUGUAUGGAAAAGUUCCCACAAGAUUGUAAGGAGCCCGAUUGUCAUUUAUAAUCCAGGAGAGGAGGGACUGAAAAACGGGAAAGAAUGAAGGAGAGAUGGAAUCUAACGGUUAGCGCGUGUGAGCUGUGAAAAUCGAUGCUUCAGCGUACGUCAACGUAGCAUGCUGAUCGAUCUAUAGCAGUAGGGGCUUGUCUACGUACAUGCUUGUAUGCUUCUGUAAAAUGCAUUUAUUAACUAUGUUCUAAGCUUCACUUGAUUAAUUUCUCCAUUUUAGUUAACUUAUUCUCUUUUA